GCAAGCAGAGAGCGAGAAGCUCAUAAUGAACGCAGGCUGCCUUUUUGUGGUGACUGGAAGAAUGCUGAUUUCCUUUGGGAUUCUAAGCAUCGUCUCUGGAAUUAUUGCCUUCUUCCCUGUUCUGUCCUAUAAACCGUGGUUUGCUGGAUGGAGCGUUCGCAUUGCUUCUCCCAUCUGGAGCGGAGCUUUGGCUGUUAUUGCAGGUGUACUCAUUGCUCUGGCUGAGAAACAAUGGACCCAGAGAUACCUGUGGGAAGCCGCUUUCACCUUUGGCAUCUUGAACAUCAUCAGCUCUCCGGUUCAAGGUGCCAUCGCCUUUGCAUCCCUCCUUCUUGGACCUUAUUGCUACUACUCUUUUGCUGGAGUUUCGGGUACGAACUACCUCGGUUAUGCUGUCCUUUUGCCCUUUCCUUAUGGCAAGUAUUCUUCCCUGUGCAAGGACCCUGCGGGCUACGAGUGGUACCACCUGGCGCUGCAGGUACUAGACGCUUGCUCCAGUCUUGCCAUGCUCUCGGCAUCCUUGGCCAUUGUGAUCAAACUCACAGCAAGGCUGCUCCAGUUUGGACACUUAAAUGGAGAAGCUAACAAGGAAAGACAACCGAGCUGAGCUGCCACAUCACAUGGGUUUCAGGCUGCAUUUAUAGCCUGGAGGACGUCAGGGGCUGCCAGCAUUAGAAGCAGAAAGGUAUCAUUCUUGUAGGUUGCUGUCUUGUGUGGCGAUCUCUCUCCUACAGGGUUGGACUAUCCCCUGAAAGCUAAAGGAUUCCUAGGCUUCAAAUUGACAUUGCCAACCCAAGCUUCCCAUUGGCUCCCACUGACCUGGAAGGGCUAUAAACACCUCCAGGACAUGACACACAGAGGUGGAAGGGACCACGUGGAGCAUUCUAGUCCAGCCCCCUGUAAUGCAGAAAUCUUUCACCCAACGUGGGGCUCAAACCCACAACUUUGAGAUGAAAGGUCUCAUGCUUGACAGUGGAUCUCAAGUUGCGAAGGGCUGGUCUAAUGUUACCGGAACUGAAUCAUCUUUGGUUGGCUGUUAGUAUGCAAAUCCCUUAACAGCUUGUGACCACUUUGCACAUAAUAAUCGUUCCACAGUUGUACGAAAUCAAUCUUUUAGCAGCAGCUACACUGUGGAACUCCCUGCCCUUUGACACCAAGCCAGUGCCUUUGCUAUUCUCUUUCCAGUACUUGCUUAAAAACUUUUUUGUUUAGGCAAGCUGAUCCAAUCAUGUAGAAGUUACAUGGGUUUCAGUCUGUUUUUAGUUCAUUGCUGAUUUUAACUGGUUUUUUUAAAAAAAACAAACAAACACACACACAUUUGAAAAUACCUAUUUUUAACUGUCUUCCGUUGAUAAUUUUAACAGUGUGGUUUUUUUUUGUUUGUUUGUUUUUUGUAAACUGCUUCGAUGUUUUAUUACAAUCAAGUGGUGUAUAAUUUUUGUUAAAAAAAUAAAAUACCGGUAGAAAUAAACAUGGGGUCCAGUGUUCUGGGACUACUUCUGCUAAAAUGUGCCGCAACUUAACUGUAUCUUUUGUGUGUGUGACGAUGAAUGGCUUUUGGCAAAUUAAUCUGACUAAUUGACAGGUCCCUCUGCUGCCAAAUCCUCAGGAUUGUGCUCUAAGUUAACUUAGGGAAUGGCCACACACUCCUCCUGGCUUGCUGAAAUCACUGCACCUGAGAUUUGAAGAUCUCUUCUUUGUCUAGCAGCCCUUUAACUGAACCUGGGAAUGCUGGCCAAACCCCAGAUCUAGUUUGGCCACUAUCUCCUGGGGCAAAAGAAGACUGAAUUCACUUUAUUUGUUAGGAUGCCCUUAUUAAAUAGGAAAACAAGGCAAAACACUAUUGCUUCCAUUUAUCUGGGGCAUGUGGAGGAAGAAAAGCUUGACGAGGACACUUUUGAGUUAAAGAGAUGGGCGUUUGGAAACGAGGACGGGAAAUCUGCAGUGCAGAAAAGCAGGCAGCUGUUUACAUCUCCCAGAGGCCUUAUUUAUAUUGUUCCUAAAUUUUCUGUCCUCUCUGGUCUCAUCAGAGGACCUCAGCUGACACUUUGCCAUUACCAGGGUCACUGGUUUCUCCUCUGCCCCCCCCUUUUCCUGCUCCAGCUGCAGGAUUAACCCUCUGCCUCUCUCGUCGCCGGCCAUGCAAUGUGAACCCUGCGGCCGCCGCUCCUGCCCUUGAAGCCAAGCGCUGGGCUUAAGUGCCUUGAAAGGCAGGAUACUCCAUCUCUCACAUGACUGAGCAUCAGGUUGCCAAACAGCCUGUGAUGAGAUGAGGCGCUCAGGAGGAGCUCGAGAACUUAACUGCAGCAGAUGGUUUGUACUGCGGCUGCUAUCUGCCCUAUCAGCUGGUUGGGGGCUGAUCUGGACCUAGACGGUGCCAGGUUCACUGGGGGUGGUGGUAGUGCUGAAGCAGUGAGCCGCUGUUGCUUACUGGAAGGGAGAUGAGGAAGAGAGGCGGGGUGGUGCAAAUGCACCAGUGCUGCUUAGCUGGAGAGAGAGGGGUGGUGCAAACAGGCAGCAGCAAUGCAUCUGCUGGGCAGCUAGCACGGCAAUUGCUGAGCAACCUCUGGGAAAUGUCAGAGGCAAUGGCAUGGGGCUACAUAACCCAGCAUCCUCCGCAGAAAAAUUAUGAUAUGAAUGUCUAUUUCUGCAGCGUGGGAAGGUCUCUUCCAGAUGUUAAUUGCUUUCAUUUUGGCAACAGGGAUGCUGGGAGAUGUCGCCCCAGCCCCUUCCCCAUACGGAAACAGCAACUUAAAAGGGUCCGUCGCAGCCUUUCUGCUGUUGCAAUCCCAUACCCUAAAUGCCCCCUGUUUUUAUCCGAGGAAUGUUGGAGGGUACUCUAGCCCCGACUUUGAGCUCUUCCUGGGCACACCCCAUCUCAGGAGACCUGUUGAUUCCCACCCCAUAAGUGCAAGCUGCCGUGCUCGGUGUCUUAUUGAUGAGCCAGGAUCAGAUCUCUUCCUGCUGCCGGGUGCGACAAGGGUUAAAGCAGCCGCAUUUCACCACCCAGCCUGUGUAGCGACUGCCACUGAAUUGAGUUAACGCACAUCGCAACUCGACACCGAGAUGCCAGGGCAAAGGUCAACAUUGGGCUCUCUGGAGCACGUUAGUGACCUGGUGCUGUCUCGGCUUGCAGGGGGGAAAUCAACACAGUAAUGAAGGUUUUGCACUCCACUUGAGCUCUUGCUGAAGCCCUUGCUCAAGCCAUAGCUGCCAAGUUAUCCCUUUUUUAAAGGGAUUUUCCCUUAUGCUGAAUAGGCUUCCUCGCGAGAAAAGGGAAAACUUGGCAGCUAUGGCUCAAGCUAUCUGGAAUGAUGGACUCAAAGGGGUGGCAUCUGAGUGCAUCUCCUCCACCUUUUCCAGCUCAGGGUGCAAGAUGAGUUGCUCCAAAACCCAUCUUUAUGCUCCAGAGGGUCAACAAUGUGCAUAGCUGCCAAGUUUUCCCUUUUCUCGCGAGGAAGCCUAUUCAGCAUAAUGGAAAAUCCCUUUAAAAAAAGGAUAACUUGGCAGCUAUGACAAUGUGCUUGCAUUGUGGUGGCUCAGGCAAGAGAGAAAAUGGAGCCACUUACGAUAGAUUUAAUAAUAUAUUAGCGAAGAAGCGAGACACUUUCACGGGGCCUUGCGAUGUAACCUGCUUAUGAGGGUUUGGAGGCUAAACUGCAUGGCAUGCAUUUAGUUGCAGCUCGACAUGCACAUGUUUUUGUUUUGUAGAUGUUACUCAAUAAAAAAGAUUGAGGGGGCCCAAGCAGCCUCGGCUCCCUGGAGCCGGCACCUGGGACACGGACCCAUUGUUUGCCAUCACCAGUUCCCAGGCUCCUGUUGCUUCCUACCUCCCUUCUCAGUUGGCCUGUGAUCUUACCCUCCAACAUUUCUCCGAUGAAAAUAGGGAUGGGCUAAGGAAAAUCAGGACAUUCCGGGAUCAAAUCAGAUUCUGUGAUCUACACCUGUGUGUUCUCACUCCACUGAGUUUUUAAAGGUCAGAUUUUCUGAGCUCAGGAAAGAAGGAAGCCGAGGAGAGGGCAAAAUGAGAAGGGAAUGUUUUGUUUACAGUGCCAUCCAGAUGCACCGGAAUAGCCUCCACACUGAUCUAUGAUUGCCAGAGUUCCCUGGCAAGAAAGGGGUUGGUUGUUAAAUCACCCUAUACACUGCAGCUCUCUUAAGAGGGACAUGGGUCUCAUAAGCAGUCUCAGCACCUGUAAAUAGGUGAGUUCCUCUGUCUUGAUCUUACUCUGUUUCCCAACACCCACUCCGUGAGGGUUGGCGAACCUGCACCUGAUUUCAUGCCACUCUUAGCCUAAUUUCAUGCAAGUGGGGAAAGUCCAGGUGGGAGAGAAAGAUGACAAGUAGGGUUGCCAGACUCAAUAGAUUGCCCUGCUCUCUUUUGAGUCUGGAAACCUUAAAGAGAAACCAGCAGACCCUUUGUUUAAUUUCCAAGCAGGGCCAUUAAGGCGAACUAGGCAGUUGCCUAGGGCGCCAAAAUGGAGGGGGCGCUGGUGUGUCUCCCCACUCGCAAACGCUCUCUCUGCCACCGCCGCUUUCACUCCUGCUGCUGCUUGCUGCUGCAGAAGCGCUUUCCUGCAAUGCCCUGCAGGGGGCGCCGCACGAUGGAGCCAGAAAUCAGGGUGUGUGUGUGUGCUCAAACCAAUCAAUCGAAGCAGACGGGGGAACCUGAGCACGCGCACACCCAGUUGUUAGGCAGACGGGUUUUAAAAAAGGAAAGGAAAAAAGAGUGAGCGGCCUUCGGGGCAGUGGAGGACACGCUCCACACUCCAGGCUCCUCCCCUCACGUGCCUCCUUGGCCAAUCACCGAGCAGGAAGGCAGGGGGGGGCACCAGAAGGUGAUCUUGCCUAGGGCGCAAAAAAACCCUAGCACCGGCCCUGUCAAGCAAAGGGUCUGCUGGUUUCUCUUUAAGGUUUCCAGACUCAAAAGAGAGCAGGGCAAUUAAAGGCACAGAAGUCCUGUCCUCUAUUGAGUCUGGCAACCCUAAUGACAAGAGUGGGAAAAUUCUGCAACAAGCCAAUACAGAGGGAGCAAUGGGAAGAUUUGGGAAAGCUCUCUGAAAGCGAUCAAUUCAGACUUCUGGCGAGGAGUAGAAAAUGGAGUUGGGGUGGAAAGCUGAAAUGGAUGGUGUGAUGGGAAAUUAUCACAUCAUAUCUGUGGCAAAAGUGAUCUGUCUCCAGACAGUCUCGUGCGGGGUGGGGGGAGAGAAAAAGUGGUGCCCCCCUCGAGAGAGAUAUUACCCUUGAGCAGAAAGCAGGUUUCUUAUGCCCUAUGUGGUUCUCCAAGGAUGGAAGUUAUCAUCACACUAAUAUGCAUAGGGGAAAUUACUUUAAAAGACCAACUUGAUCAUCUCCGAGGGAGUCCAGCACACCCAAUGGCUGCAGCGUCUUUCAAAUUAAUCUGCACAGAGGUGGGGAGGGAGGGGGAAUGACUGCACAAGUAUAGCCCAACAAACUCGUAAAUCCCUCACCAAUACGAGGUUCCCUUGGAAGGGGCUCUCAGCUUCCACACAAGGCAAGAGACACGUCAGAAUGCUUUGGAAAAACCAAAAUAACGAUAGGCCAACAGCAUGCAGAUGACACUGACCAAAAAAAAAAAAAAGCGUCUGUGAAAAGCAGAGGGUGAACUUUUAUGGCCGUGUGUGUACAGACCCUUAGGAACAGGGUGAGGUGCAGCUGGUGGGUGUACCUUUCAAAAGCAGGCUGUUCCCCCUCCUUCUUUUUCACCUGUCAACCACAUGCUGCAAGUACAGUUUAAUCUAAAUAUAUGGCUCUGACCUUUUCAAGAUCACAAGCUGUUGCUGCGCAAAGAUCAAAGCUUCUGGAGUUUUGAAGUGGCGAGGCAUCUCAUUUCUAUUGUUUGUCCAAGCUAACACACCUCUGUUGUGCACGCCGAGACCGUUCACACACCUACGGCAGCCCCCCAGGUGAGCAUCCCACCCUCUAGGGUUGCAUGUGUGUGUCUUUUGUGUGUGGCGAGUGUGUGCGUUGCAGGGUUGCUGCUGAGCCAGGGGGCCUAAUCCGGCCUGCUGCUCGGUUUAAUCUGGCUCCUGUGGCAGUAUAUGUCCUGGGGUAAAAAAAGCUCAACAACUUUGGUCGGCCCUCACGCAUGUUCACUUCAUCAAAUCUGGCUCUCUUUGAAAAAAGUUUGGGUGUGAUCUCUGAAAACAUGGGGACUGUCUGGGUACUCUCCAAGCAUUUACGUUUGUGAGCUGCCAAAACUAUGCAACCAUCAUAAUACGUAUUUAUUCAAGAGGGCCAAAGGUAGAACGGGAAUAAGGUGUGAAAGGGUGGUUUAGUUCCAACUGGGGUUGUUAGGCCUUUAACUCCAGCAAUCAAUAAAGGAAAGUUUAACAGUUUAACAACGUAUUUCUUUUCAGUGAUUGUACUGAGCAGGAUGCGAGGGUUUGCCCCAAGAGGCAUCUUGUUGUUGUUGUUUAGUCGUUUAGUCGUGUCCGACUCUUCGUGACCCCAUGGACCAUAGCACGCCAGGCACUCCUGUCUUGCACUGCCUCCCGCAGUUUGGUCAAACUCAUGUUCGUAGCUUCGAGAACACUGUCCAACCAUCU